AUGAACACCACAAAUCAAGUUCAAGUCAAUAAGCUUACCGAACAACUAAUACAACACAUAACCAAUACUCAACCAGGGACAACUUAUUUUGAAAAAUGUAAAACCAAUUCUUUAAGUACCCUCAAGUAUCACACCUUUGGAAGUAACAAUGAGAACGAGGUGUUUAGACGCUACAAAGGCUUGGUUGAGAAAUUCUGUAUCCAUGCACAAUAUGAAAAGGCAAAAUCACUUGACAAAUGCAUUAAAUCAUUUGUUGAAAAUCCCACAGAGACCAUUUCGAACUCGGACAUUACUACGAAGUUUGCAAUCCUUGCAAUGAUCCUCGCGCUCUCUAAUUUCCCGUUAAAAUCCCGUUAUGUUCCCACGCGUCCAAAACCAUCGGAGAACCAAACAGUCGCGCAAAUACUCAAAGAACAGCCUUUAACUGGCCUACAUUGGAUACCUGUCUCAUUAAGUGACAAUAAUGUACUCUCUUCAGAAUCAGAUCAAAAUGAAUCGGAGAGAAUAGACAUAGGAAUACAUUAUUUUAAAAACAUGACUUAUAGUUAUGAUUAUGAUCGCUUGAAAGAUUUAGAAUCUCUGCAAUAUUGGCGUAAUAAAUAUACAGGACCUUCUGUCGACAAUCAUCUAAGCAAAGAUCCUCGCAAUCCGUUCAAAAAUCACACCGUCAACGUCAGAUUCAUUAGCGAGCUUGAAGCUAUACGCGAAGUGUUAUUCGUGUUAUCUGGCAGACCAGGAUUAUUAUUCAGCAAGAAAAAGAAUAAAAAUGGGUUCCAGGUUGAUAUAAAGGCGAAGUUGACACAUCUCUCGGAAGGCGCUUUUAAAAAUAUAUUGCAAUAUUUUUGCGACCAAGCUAAUGCAAUCGCGAAAGUGAGAGGAAUUUCAUAUAGGAUAUGCAAGUCCGACUGCUCAAAAUAUGGAAUGACUGCUCAAGCUUUUGCUGACUCUAUUCUUCAGAUGAUAUCGAAAUUCGAAAAAGUAAUUGGUGAAAUGGAAUAUGAAUAUAGCAUAAGAAGAGUUCGAGGCGAACACACCAUUGCUUCCCUAUUACAACUAAAAAAUCGUCUUUCAACUUAUUUUUUCGAAUUUGAAAUUCUUCAUUAUUUUGUUGUUAAUACCCCACUUAAAGAAAUUCCCGAAUUGGAGUAUACAAGUACAUCUAAAGACAACCAUGUUCCCUCGUAUCAUCCUUGGGAAUUUACAUAUGCAAUCCUGUCUGGACUGUAUGCUGAAAUCACGCGCCACCAAAUUGCCGGUGAUACACGUAUAUUCGUGAUGCUGGGAAGACAUUUUGAUAACGCGUUCGAGCCUUACAUGCGAAUUAUAGACAAAUGGAUCAAGUAUGGCAGCUUGGAUGAUCCUGCCGAUGAGUUCUUUAUUGUAAAAAUUUCCAAAGUGGUGGAAAAAUCUGGAAAUCACUGGCAAGAAAUGUUUAUAGUUCGUGAGGCAAUUCCAUCCUACAAGAACAUCCCUUCUAUCCUGUGCUCCCUUGAUUUUCUGGGACAAUUUGUCAAUAGAAUUAUGUUUGCAGGCAAAGGCCGUAAUCUGCUCAUGUCAUUAAACUUUUCAAAAGAUAGAAAAAACAAAAAACUUUAUGCUUCGUCUAAUAUGGAAAUAGGGAUCGAAAAACUCCGCUCAUUCAACGAAAGUUUAGGACAAACUAAUAAUAAUACAAUAUCGAAUGGAGCAUUAAGUCAUCCAACAUCAUACAAUACACUUGAACAAGUAUUUGUUCCGUUUAUUGAUGAGAAACCAGAAUAUCCUGAAAAGAAUUCCUCAUUAAAUAGCAACAGUGAACUAACUACCGACUUUUUUACCUUUCAACCAUUUCACCAAAGAUUUGCCGAGAAUCUGGAAGAUUAUCUUCAGCCUCAAUAUGAACAUAUUAAUGAUCUUUUAUAUAAAGCUUUGGUUGAUCAGUGUCAUCUUUGGGCGCAUCUUCGUACAUUAUCUGGUAUCUACUUUAUGCAAGAGGGAGAAUCUAUACAUCGUCUCUGCGAUGUUCUCUUUAAUAGGAUGGAUCGUGGUCAAUUAUGGUAUGAUAGCUACGUUCUCAACGAAAUCUUUAUAGAUACUCUUCACAAUUUGGACUGGCUGCCAAACGGUGUCAUAAGUGCACGGAUUGAUGACAACGUUCUUAAAAGACCUGAUAUCACCAAUAUGCGAAUAUUCGAAAAGAUAAUGAUAGAGUGUAGGUUGCCAUGGCCAAUUAACAACAUAAUCCAAGUUGAUAGUUUACAAUACUACAAACAAAUCACGAUAUUUCUACUGCAAAUAAGACGGGCAAAGUAUCUCGUCGAACGAAUGGCUUUCUCACGAUUACAAAAUGAACAGCUGGAUCCUAAAUCUCGAGAAAUGAAACUUUUUUAUGGGAUCAGGUUGAAUUUGAUUUGGUUUCUGAAUACUAUUUGGGACUAUCUUAUGGGGACGAUAUUAUAUUCAGAAACAGCAAAGUUUCAUUUGGAGAUAAAAAAAGUAUUUGAUUUCGAUAAAAUGAUCGCGUCGCAUAAACAUUUUAUUCAGAAAGUUUAUGAUCGAUGCCUAUUGAAUAAUAAGGCAAGAAGAAAACCCAAACCCUAA